AUGAUAAGGUAAAACUUGAGAUGAUGUUAUCUUUUACACUACAAAUGCUAUCAAAUACAUUCUGCUAAAUAAAUUGUCGUUGUUAACACACCAGCGAUGAUUUGGCAGACUUUAUUGGCGGUGGCUUGUAUCGCUUUACAGCCAGUUCACAGCGAUACAAGGUAUAGAUUGAAUACAACUAUCGUGCCAUCGGCUUACUCGUUAACAAUAACACCAUAUUUUGACACCAAUGAUGAUAGAGCGUUCUCAUUCGACGGUGAAGUAUCCAUCACAUUCGUGACCACGUCAAAUAUUAACAAAAUUAAGCUGCAUUCCCAAGAUUUAAUAUACACUUCUGCGAAUAUUACUCUUAAGAAUGGCAAUAAUAUUAUUGAAUUAAAUGAAACCAAUCCUCUCGAAUUUGAAGAAGAUUACACCUUUGCUCAUAUCAAUUUGGCUAGUGAUAUACAAGUUGGGAGUGAAUAUACUCUUAAUAUUGUUUAUCAAGGACCAAUAAGAACAGACCUUAAUGGUUUUUAUAGAAAUUACUAUUUUCAAAAUGGUGUGAAAAAAUGGUUAGGCGCAACACAAAUGGAGCCCACCCAUGCAAGAAAAGUUUUCCCUUGUUUCGAUGAACCUGAAUUAAAAGCUGUAUUUACGAUGUCCAUUGAUAGACCUGCGGAAUACCAACCUUCUUUAACAAAUACAGAAAUUAUGUCGGUUACCGAAAUGAAUAACGGAUAUAUUCGCGAAAACUUUUACCCUACGCCGAGAAUGUCAACAUAUCUAGUUGCAUUUCUUGUGUCUGAGUUUGAGGCUGGUUCCUCAAAUACCUUAGGAGCAAACGAAUUGGGGAUAUACACCAGGCCCGAUGCUAAAAAUCAAACUGAAUAUGCCUUUGACGUUGCACAAAGAAUUGUAAAAGCACUUGGCGAUUACUUUGGAAUUGAUUAUUAUUCAACUAAUAAUCAUCUAAGGCUUGAUCAUGUAGCAUUAACAGACUUUAGAGCUGGGGCUAUGGAAAACUGGGGACUCAUUAAAUACAGGGAAUCUCUUUUGUUGUAUGUUCCUGAAGAAUCCACGCCAUAUUUUAAAUACAGAGUAGCACAAAUUGUGGCCCAUGAAACAACUCAUAUGUGGUUCGGUAACCUCGUCACAUGCCACUGGUGGAGCAACACUUGGUUAAAUGAAGGUUUUGCAAACUACUUCCAAGAUUACAUGACCUCUUUGGUGGAGCCCGAUGUAGCAGCUGAUGAUGCACUGGUUAUAGGUUCUGUAUAUUCAGCUUAUAAUGCCGAUGAUAAUCCUGAUUCUCCUGCAAUCACAAACAAUGAUGUUAAUUCGCCAUCAGAAAUAAGUGGACAUUUUGGAACUAUUACCUAUCAAAAAGCUGGAUCCGUCAUAAGAAUGAUGCAUCAUUUAAUAGGCGAUGAUGCCUUUAAAUAUGGCUUAAACUCCUAUCUAUCUACUAAUCAAUUUCAAUCUGGUUAUCCCGAAUUGUUGUAUUCUGCCUUAGAGAAUGGAGUAAGGAAUUUUACUUCUUUGUCUAAUUACGAAGGUUUUCAUUUCACUGACAUAAUGAGUUCGUGGAUAAGGCAAUCAGGACAUCCCGUGCUGUAUGUCAACGUUGAUUAUGAAAAUUCCUCGAUUGAAUUAAGCCAGAAACGCUUUUAUAUAAACUCAUCUUACAGUUCAGAUGAACUUUACAUAAUACCAAUAACUUACACCCUCGAAAGUAAUUUUAACUUUGAAAACACGAAGCCAGCACUUAUUAUGGAUAAGAAGACACAUGUUUUGCAAAUGAGCGAAAUAAAAGAGAAACAAACUUUCCCUAUUUUCAACAUACAAGAGACAGGUUUAUACAGAGUUAAUUAUGAUAUUAAUACUUGGCAUCUAAUUUCGGAACACCUAAAGAGUAAUCGAAGUGGAGAUAUUCAUUACUUGAAUAGAGCCAAGAUCGUCAACGAUUUAUUUGCUUUUCUUUUUGCCGAUGAAGUGAAAUUCGAACUUUUACAUAAUUUACUGCAUUUCCUAUCAAACGAAAAUGAAUAUGCCGUAUGGAACGCAGCUCUGAAAGGUUUAACUAAACUUCGAAAUUAUUACAUCGGUUCUGAUACAUUGGAUUUAAUAGAUGAAUUCGCUCUAGAACUAUUAGAUGGAGUAAUUUAUAGGAUGGGUUAUGAUGUAAAAUCUACAGAUGACUUUAAAAUAUUACGGAACAGGAUGCAAAUAUUGGAAUUCGCUUGCAAACUUGGUCAUCAAGGUUGUAUUGACCGGUCAUUGCAAUGGUUUAAAGACUUAAAGAAUAACGAUACAUGGAUUCAACCAAGUUUAAGAAGCGUUGCGUAUUGCACUGGGUUGAGGUAUGGAAAUGAUGAGGACUAUGAAUUCUUAUGGAACAGGCUUGUCAAUACAAAUGUUGCCAAUGAAGCUUGGAUUAUUGCUGAUGUACUAGGCUGCUCCCAAAGGGAAGACAAACUAAAAAGUUACCUCGUAUCCAUGUUACUUGAGAAUAGUCCGAUCAAAACUCAGGAUCUUACGGUACCCUUAGCGAGUGUUCUAACAAAUUACAGUAAUGUACCAUUGGUUAUGGAUGAACUUCAAUCAAACAUUUCUCUUUGGAAAUCCGUUUAUUCUUCUCUUGGAUCAGUUUUGUCAAGCAUUGCCUCGUCACUUCACACACAAGAAGAUUUUGAAAAGUUCGAGAGUUUCCUGUCAUCAUGCAAGGAGUGCAGUGAAGACGAGGUAGCAAGUGCCAAGAACUCUUUGGCCAAAGCCAGGGCAGUGACAGCUUGGGCUGAUGACCAUAGGAGUGACAUUUUAAGCUCUUUGAGUAACGAUGCCGUAACCGCCUCGGCGUCAAUAGCGUUACUUGUUGUUGGCGCUCUUUUAAUUCUGUAUUAAGUGUCCUCAAAUUUUGUCAGAUAUAAUUUUUUGUUUUCUUUUAAACAAUUUAAAUAUCCAUCCAUCCAUUUGUUUAAUAUUUAAUGUAAAAUGUCAUUUUAAAGUUAUUCAAUAUUAGUCAUUUUUUUGUGAUUAUUAAAUUUAUUCAUUAAAGAAGAAGAGAUUCCAAUCCACUAUUCGAUGUUAAUAACAUAUUAAUUACUACCACUACGGUCCUAUCGUAAUAAAUUAUUUUUGUUUUAAAUAA